AUGUCGGCUUACCAACUGAGAUUUCCCAGCCACCUGCACUGCGACUGCAUGCUGGAGCAUGUACAAGAGGCGCCUGUUGUUGCUGGUGGUAUUGAUGGAGGUAAGGAGGGAAAGAGAGAGGAGAAAAAGAAAAAGAAGCGCUCCUCAAGGUGGCUCUCUCUCCACUUUCCUCACCGCAUAGCCGCUAAAUAUGAGCUGGCUGAGGCUGAGAAGAAGUACCAGCUCCAGCUUCUGAAGUCCACCCUGCUGUUGAGGAACAGCUGGACCAGGACAUCCCAGGCAAGGGCUACAUCCACAGAUGUUAUAAAAUCGGUGACAAGCUGGGUCAAGGAGGAUUUGGCUUUGUCUACAAAGGGUCUCGCUGCAAGGAAGAACUUGAGCCUGGUCAUCCCGAAAGUGUCUCAUGGAGAUAGUUUGACACUCACGGCCAAUAAGAGCCCCAGAGGUCCUCAGAUCAUAAAACUUCUGGACUUGGAGGACAACAGAGACCACUACAUCAUGGUCAUGGAGAGACCCGUUCCCUGCAUGGACCUGAAAAGUUUUGUGAAACUCCACAGAGAGCGUCUUGAUGAGGGAACGGCAAGAAUGGUCAUGCGGAAGGCCACUGAAGAUGCUAAUGUUUGCAUCAAGCAUGGUGUCUUCCAUCGGGACAUCAAAAUGGAGAACCUGCUGGUGAACCAGGACACCAUGGAGGUGAAAUUGAUUGACUUGAUUGAUUGGUGCAGUGCACUAAUGAAGAAAUUUGGCUACGAAGUCUUCAGUGGCACAAAAGUGUAUUGUCCACCAGAGGUCACCGUUAACGGCAAAUACCUCACAAAGCCAACAACAGUGUGGUCUCUAAGGAUCCUCCUAUUCAUGAUGGCAUGCGGAUAUUAUUCAACUGACUAUGACCUGGAUCUGAUCAGUAAGAGGAACUGGACCAGACCUGGCCUGUCACAAGGUUUAGCCUUUGGCUCUAAUUGGCGCUUCAGGCAUGAUGAAGAGAAAUGCCAUCCUGCGGGAGACAUCACAACACUCUCCAAGAAGAGCAUGGCAGGGUAA